GUCCGGAACUCCAUCGAUCCAUCGCAUGAGCGUGUAUCCCAUGAGCUGAGGCAUCUCGAAUGCCUUCACCACCUGUUGACAGAAGGGUGCGUGCUGGGGCAAAAAGCUGUACCGAAUGCCGGAGAAGAAAGAUCCGCUGCCUAUGGGCAACGGAGUCAGACAGUCAGAUCGGCUCCAGGCCAAUGGCAUGCGUCGAGUGCACCAAGCAUUCGCGCUCAUGUGUCUCCCAGUCGGUCCAGCCUCGUGCAUCUUCUGCCCGCCACACGAGUGCGAAACAACGGAUCAGCCAGUUGGAGCGCGAAAUGGCCUCCCUUUCAGAACUCGUGAGGGAUAAGCAGAAUCCGUUGACUGGCUCUAAGACUCCCGGGUUUGGACCAACUCCUCCUGAUGAGCUCGAGGACGAACCAUACGAUGAAGACGUGGACGACACACGACCUCCAGCUCAUCUACAACUCCUCUUCGAUCACCUCGAUGGCGAGGAUCGCACGUCGAAGCAUCAAACUCUCGGACAGCCAUCACGCGGAGCAUCUGAAGCUGUCAAACGCAACGCGCGAUCGAGGCUGCAACUACUCUUGCCAUCAGCAGACGAAGUAUGGCAAGUCACCGAAUUUGCCCCUGCAUGGAUGUCAUUCUAUCAUUCUCUUUUCCCGACGUUCUUUGCUUAUAGGACAGGGGAACAGCUCAGGCUGAACUAUGACCCCAUGUGCAGCCCUGACGCCCGUCCAACGUCAGUCGCUAUGUACUUGGUUUAUCUUGCAAUCACAUCGCAACAGCUUCCCACAGAUCGAAUGGUACAGGGCCCAUUUGCCAAAUACCGCAGCGUAGAGGACUUUGUGGAUUCUGUCUGUACUACGGUUCGAGAGACCAUCGUGGACAAUGAUGAUUUUGCAGGGACCGAGGAAGGCCUGGAACUCACCGUGAUUUUCAUCAGGCUUCUAAUGGGUCGCGGAAGCAUCAAGUCUACCUGGCUGAUAUUUCGUCGAGCAAUCGCCCUUGGUGAACUGAUUGGGUUGCCCCAAGCAUUCCAGGAGGUACAAGCUGCGCGGCAGUCCGCACAUUUCGGUCAAGCAAGCAUCGCAGCCCCCUCCGAGCAGAGCGAGCUGAAAGCUGGACUCUGGGAUGCGAUUUGCGCCACCGAUCGCAAUUUCAGUAUGAUGCUAAACAUUCCUACCGGCACAGCCAGAUACAAAUUUCCCCUUGACGAGUCCAUAUGGAAAGAUGGUCACAUCUCGGCGCAGGCAUACAAUUAUCGAUUGUCCAAUGUUUGUGCCGCAGUGUUCGAGAUCGAUGAACUCUUCAUGCGUCGAGCCCCAGAAGCCGAAUGCUAUGAGAAGGUCCUCAACGCUGACCAGCAACUCCGGUCUCUAAGAGCAUCGGCGAGCCAAGACUGGUGGCAGGCGUCCAACGAGAAGACGCUGGCUGAGCAAUGCGUUGGAUUUUGGCACCACUAUAUCCUAGCUCGCGUCCAUCUCCGGCCAGCUAUGGUGAAGGACAUCGACGGCCAGUACACAUACAGUCGCAACACCUGUUGGGAUGCUUGCCAAAGCGCAAUACGACAGUUCGUCUUGUUUCGAUCGUGCGUGCCUUCGGGAUUCUUCGUUUGUCGCAUUCUUGAUGUGCAAGCCUUUACGGCCGCCACGUUUCUUCUUCUCAACUCCCAAGGACGUUCAGCUAAAGAAUAUACCUCACAAGGAGGCAUUGACAAUAGCUUGGAUAACGGAUACCUCCUUUCACAGGUGACGGACUGCUUCAGGAGCGUCGCCACCGAACCCGGCUCAGAUUUUGCUCGAGAAGCCGUCGCGGCAUUGACAUCUCUGCGUUCCUUAGUGCACGGAGACCGAUCUAAUCGAACCACCAUGCUCACGCUGAAGAUUCCAUUGCUUGGCAGGAUACACAUCGAUGCUCCAGAAGUUCAGGCUGCGAGGCAGAACUUAAUUGUCGCCGACGAUUCCGCCGCGAACACCAACACCGAAAUGCAAGCAGACGCUGACUUCACUCUCGCAGGUCCGGCAACGAUGGUAGACCCUUUCAGCAACCUUGAUGACCUCUCCUGGUCCUUUCAAUUUGAUAGCAAUCCAUAUUGGAGUCAGGGCCUGACAACCGACAACUUUGGAAUGGCCGACGACAAUUCCUGGAUGGGAGGCUUGUAAUGAAGAGAUUGAGCAGAACAUGCGGGAGUGUCUUACACCAACAUUAUCAUGACGGACUGCGGACGAGUCUACAGGCAAAGGCCGCAACCCAAAUCAUGGCGAUCUAGACGCCGGACUGGACGAGUAAUGCCACCAACGGACGAAGUGUCAAUUUCUAGAGUUCGUCCGAGAUCCAUUGGAGAUCUCGGAUCGCGGCCGGUCAACUCAACGCCACUGCGUCACGUGGACGGCUCCGCCGAUACCUCAACUGUGCACCGGACGAGACGCUAUCC